UCAUUCCUGUUCAUAAUCAUGUUUUACUUCCUCUAUAAAAUUCUUGGCCCAUGAUCAUAACCGAUAUUUUAGUCACCUCAGAGUAGAAUAGAUUAUUCUGAGAUUGUGACCAGGGGUCGGAAAGUCGCAAAGAACUUACUUAGGAGGUUUUUGCUAGCGACAUCUAUUAAGUCUUCACCUGAAGUUUCAUGCCAAAUGCCGUUCCUCAAUGUCAAAUAACUGUCAGUGUUGGGCUGCGUUCCAAGCCGACGCCCUGAGUGCAACUUUUCACUAUAACGUUUAAAUUUUCAUAUAAAAAUAAGUAAUACGGUAUGGAACGCACCAUUGUGUCAGUUGGUUGAUUGCAAAAUUCAAAUGGCUGCCAUUUGAUGUUUUGUUGUAGAUUUGCCUAACGCGAUUUACAAAUCCUCAUCAGAUGCAAGUACGUUGAGUCGAGUAUCUUUCUCCUCCGUCUUCUUCUCGUUGUGUUCACAAUUACCUGGUCUUCACUUUCGUUGAGUUGAGUUUGAACUUGGUUCCUCGCUUAAGGAUCGUCGCAGGCGCCGGUCUUUUGUGAUUUCGCGAAACGGACGCUAUUUAUGUUUAGUGUAGUUUAUUUGCAAGUGACUCCAUUAGUUUAGUGUAUUCUCAUCAUCAUGCCAUCCUCCAGGCGUUGUGUAUUCGGAUGUGUUACCAAAGGUCUCACUGUUCACAGUUUUCCAAACCCAGCUAAGUUUCCAGAGCAGUUUAGAUCUUGGGUUGAGAUAGGUGGUGAGAGGCUGAGAAACCUGUCAACUGAACAGAUAUACCCAAGAAUGAAAGUAUGUGAUAAACACUUCAUUGAAGGCCAUCGAAAUCGUAACAAUCGUUUGAGUGCUUUGGCUGUACCAACUUUGUACCUUCCCAAACUGGAUCUGGAAACAACUGUUCCUGUAGAAAGGGAGAGAAUAUUGACAAAUAUUACAAACUUUCCAAUUGUAAUGCCUAUUCCACCAUCAGGUCAAGGGUCAUCUGCAAAAGAGAAUAUUAUCCCAGUUGAACCAUCUGUGAAAAAUGAUAUCACUGACCAAAUUAUGUUAUCUGCUGCACCGCACCAGCCAGAUACUGUUACCAGCUUUCAGAAAGACCAUGAUUAUUGCACUCAUAGCAUUGAGAAUCUGAAAAUAACUAAACAAGUUGCAAAAAAUCUGUCUGAGGAAGUGCAAGGGCCACAUGCAACACAGAAUGUUGGUCUAGAAUUUGGAGAGGAAUCCGAAAAACAUGUUAUGAUGAACCAAGUUAAUUUCCCCGCUACUUCACAACAGUCAGACACUGCUAGUCCAUUGUGCAUCCAGAACGAUCAUGAUUAUUGCACUCGUAACAUUGGAGAUGUAGCUUCAACUAAACAAGUUUGUAAAAAACUGUCUACAACGAAAAUUCAAGGUGCGAGAUUGAAAGGAUUGAAUAUGCCAUAUUAUAAGGAGACUGAAAGGAAAACUAAAAAUUUGCGUCGAGAAAUCUACAGAUUACGAAAAAAGUGCACAUCUUUUAAAUCCAGACUGGAAUCUGCAUCAAAAUUGUCCGAUAGUGCGGCCUUUCAAAGAGUCACGGCCAAUAUGACUUUGUCUGCAAAAAUUUUUACAAAUAUGCAGUUCCGCGAAACGAAAAAGAAGCCAAAGGGACGUCGCUUCACACUUGAAGAAAAAAUUUUAUCAUUAUCGUUUUACAAACGAAGUCCGAAGGCCUAUACGCUUUUACAUAAAAGCUUUACGUUACCAUCAGGUAAAUCGUUGAGGAAUCUUCUGGGAAAAGUAAAAAUAUUACUAGGGAUCAACAAACCAAUAUUUAAAAAAAUUAGAGACACUGUUGCUGAAUUGAGUAAUAGCGAUCGACUCUGCAUAAUAAUGUUCGACGAAAUGUCAAUUAAUCCCCAGGUACAUUAUGACGCCAACAUUGACCAAUUGAAAGGUUUUGCCACAGUUGGUAAUAAAAAUAAGAUAGCCGAUCAUGCCCUCAGCUUUAUGGUAAGAGGAAUAAAAAAACAGUAAAAGCAGCCUGUUGCAUAUUACUUCACUCAAAAUCUUAAUAAAAUUGAGCUGAAAAAAUGUAUCAUAGAAGUGAUAAGACACGUCAAAAGUACUGGCUUAAAGGUAGUCGCCACUGUCUGCGACCAAAGUUCGGUGAAUGUAGGCGCCAUAGAAAGUCUCGUAAAAGAUACCAAAGAAUUAUAUUUGAAAACAGGACAAGAGUGGCGCCAUGAUGUUUUUACAAUUGAUAAAUCAAAAAUUAUACCUAUUUAUGAUGUACCUCAUCUUAUAAAAGGCAUACGCAAUAACUUAAUUACUAAAGAUUUAAAAUACAUGGAUUUUGAAGAUGAAAAUAAGGAGAAAAUCUUAAAAUGGGAGUAUUUUCAAGAGUUAUAUGAAGCUGAUAAGUCUCAAGGGGAGCUGAAAUAUCUUCUAAAAUUAACGGAAGAACAUGUGAACCCGGAAAAGAUCAAUAAAAUGAAGGUGAAAACCGCAACUCAAUUGUUCAGCCACUCUGUUGCAGUGACAGCACAUCAUUUAACUGCUGUAGGAGAACUAAACCCAGCGUGUCGCCAAAUAACACCAUUUGUAAAAUUAUUUGACAAUCUGUUUGAUAGUUUAAAUUGUAAUACAUUCAACAUAGUUAAUGGCAAAACAUUUAGGUCUGGCGUCAAAAGAAAUUCGCCCCAUCAUAAGCUCUGGCAAGAUAGCCUGAAAUUUUUGAAAAGUAUGAAAUAUCUUGAAAGAAAAAAGGAAGGAUCUAAAAUUAGAUUAGUUGAGAAGGUUGUACCCUCUAUUAAAAACUUUAUUAAAACCAUCGAAGGAAUGCAGGCCAUUUGGAAGCUUUUACAUGAAAAAUAUAAUUUUGACACAUUGUUAUGUAGAAACCUCAACCAGGAUCCAAUCGAAAACUUUUUUGGCAGUAUCAAAAGUUUAGGUGUACGAAACAUCUCUCCUAACACAAUUGGUUUUGAAGGAGCUUUUAAAUCAUUAUUAUUAAAUAACUUUAGUUCUUCUCAUUCUUUAAAAUCAAAUUGUGAAGAAGAUGUCUCUACAUUCUUACAAUCUGUAGAUUUUUUGAUAAAAGAAUGCAAGGAUAAUGACACUAUUAUUUUGAAUGAAUCUAACGAAAUUGUAAUCAACGAGGACUUAUUAAAUAGUCCCAAUGAAAUAAUAGAAGGCAUUGGCCAAAAAAGCUAUGUUUGCGGUUGGGUCCUUAGAAAAUGUUCAAAAAUCAUAAAGCAAUGUAAAGCUUGUAGAAAUAGAUUAUUUGCGACGGAACAUAUACCAGCUCACAGAUUCAUACAAGAAAAAGAAUAUUGUAAUAAAAAAUGGCUAUGCUAUCCCUCUAUGGAUUGUAUUAAAUGUUUUGAAGAAAUAUCAAACAUAACAGUAAAUGUUUUAAAGAAAAAUUUAAAUACAAAAAACGUUAAACAAAAUGUUAAAGUAUUAAUCGACAUCUUUGUAAAUAACACAUUUGACUGUAAUGACCACAAAAAAGACCUACGAAAUAUGUUCGAAGAUCUUAUCAUCAAUGUUACGUUGUAUAGUUGGUGCCGCUCAAUUAAUCGAAUUUUAUGCGGCAAAAUAUCUUAUGAUGGGGAUGAUGAAACUAAGAUUGGCGCACAACAGUAUUAUAACAAAAAUAAACAUAAUAAAAAGAAAAAGUGAAUUCCUCAUUUUUA